AAUGAAUUCAGGAGGGAAGAAGUUGAACUUGGCACAGGCUAAAGCUAAUGUUUAUGUCAAGAAGCAUAAACUUGUGGAGGUUGUUUCGGAGAUGAUUAAUAACUUAAUUCAUGUCAAAGAUGAGAAGCCUAUUGCUUACAUGGUUAAAUAUUUAUCGAACUACUUAACUGAGAAAGAGAGAAAGGAAAGUGGCAUCUACAUUAAGGGACCUCUCCCACAAAAAAUUCCUCUCAUGAGCUACCCUAAAUUUGGAGAUGAAUGAACACACCUUUUGAGCAAAUAUCUCAGUAGAGAUAUGUGGAGCGGAAUGACGAAAAGGAUGACUAAGCUCGGGGGAAAGAUCCAAAUGUGAGUCCAAUCAGGAGUUUACGAUGAAAAAGAAGAGAUUGGAAUUUAUGCUACUGAUGAAGAAGCUUAUAAAGUAUUUGAUGAUAUUUUUACUCCAAUAAUUCAAGAUCUCCAUCCUAAAUAUGACCUCAAGGUGAAUUACAGAAAUGAGUUUGAUCUGAACUCGGUACAGGACAUUACAUUGUCCCCAAAAAUAAAGAAUAAACUCUCUUUCAUUAAGGUCUCAGCCAGAAGGAACUUUAAAGACUACCCCUUCACUCCAAUGAUGAGCACCCAAAUCAAGGUCCAAGUUGAGAAAAAGAUUGUUGAAACAUUAGGCGAAGUGUACGACCACUACCAUCAACUUGCAAAGAUCGAUGAAAAAACAUCCAACUGGCUGAACUCUGUGGGCAUUGAUAUCUCAAAGCAGACUAGCCACAGUAAUGCUGGGAUCAACGAAGACUGGCCCAACGGCAGAGGUGUGUUCAUCGAUGACAACAAAGCCUUCGUGAUUCUCGUCAACUUCGAAGACCAUGUGCAGGUGUUCGCCAUCGGAGAAGACGGCAACUUCAGCAAGAGCCUGACCACUCUGAUCAAGAUUCUAUCGAAGUUCGAGAAGAUGGGAUACGCCAAGCAUUCCACUCUUGGGUUCUUGACUGCAAGUCCGAAGAACUUGGGAACCACUUUGGACCUGGGUGUCAGGAUCAAACUGAAGACAGCUCAAUCGGAAGACCACAUCGAGUUUUAUAAAAAGGAGAACUGGUGAAGCAUAAAGCAAUCUCCGGACUCUGACACAGAAUAUGAUAUCAGCUUUUGUGAGACACUUGCGAAGAAUCUGACUGAGAACUAUGCCAUCGAUAAAUUCGGUGAUUGUCUCUCUAUGCUUGCCCAAGGAGAAAAUUGAGAAGAAAAAGUAGAGCAGGAAAAAGCUCAAACAGAAUCAUUUGCGGAUUCUGAAGCUGUUCAAAAUCCACAAGGCAUUAAUUCUUCAAAUGAUGAUAAAAUCAGCGAUAACAAGGAUCAAAAUAAUCCCUCAAUAAAAGAAGAAAAUAUUUUAGGGAAAAACUCAAAUGAUGACAAGUCUAAGAGCAAGGACAAAAAUAGUAUUCAUGAUACAUCUACAAAAGGCAAAGUUAAAGAUAGCACUAAGUCUUCUACUAAGCGUCCAAGAGUUUUACCUAAAGAGGAGACUAAGUAUGAUGACUCAGAAGAUUCUUCAGAAGAUGAUUCAGGUAAUGAUAGCAAAGCAGGCCAUCAAUAUAAUAAAGAAGAAGCAGCUACUGGCGAUGAAGAUGGUGAUCAGAAUCAGAAUGAUAAUGCCCAAAAAAAAUAUAAUGAUUAGUUAAAAU